GGAAGUUGUCAGUACACACUCAUGUUUUCGCUAGGAGUAACUUCUUGUGUCUGUUCACCGACCCCCAUCUUCGAUUCGAUCGUUUUCUCAGGAGAGGCUGCUCAACAGGGUGCGGUGGUACUCGCAUUUCCUCUGCGUCGGCAUCAUGAUCGUCGCGAUCGCGCCGAGGCUCGCGCCGGCGUCGAGGCCGUCCGUCGUGCCGUCCCUCCCCGCCGGCUACGGCCUCCCCGUCACCUGCGACGCGUUCACCGUGGCCACGCUGGUGGUGCAGGAGAUGCUGGCGCGCGUCCUGGAGCGGAGGCCCGCGCCGGCGCCGCGGCUGACCCCGGAGGCCGCGUGGCGGCUCGGCAUCUCCACCUGGAUGUCAUGUUCCUCACCGUCUUCUUCCACAGAUACCUCAGUUUCGGCGGCUGCGACUACUUCGUCCGGAGCUGCGACGAGUGGCAGGCGGCCUGCGUCGCGUCCUCGCUCAACCUUUUCAUCGCCACACUCACCGUUUCGGACUACUUAUUGGCUUGAAGAGGACAUUGCAGACCUAAAAGAGUUUGCAAGAAUCAACGUAUCAUGGCUGUGGCUAGAGUUGGGAUCUGUCGUUGCGUUUCUUCGUUAGUGUGUUUUGAGUUGCAAAUUUAGUAGUAGUAAUUAGUGUGUAUUCGUUAGUGUAUCAUGGCUGUGGCUGAAGUAGUAAUUAGUUGCGCUGAACAAUCUUUUGCCUAGCGUUUGUAAAAGGUUCAUGGAAUUGAAAUCGUCCGUCUGGUCUUGCUA